AUAUUUUUUUUAUAUAUAAUUGCUAAGAAAACCAAUCUUAUAAAAUAGAUAAUAAUAAAGGCUAAGAUAUUGUAGUUUCCCAACGUUUCUUUCCUAGCAAACACCCACACACGAUCACAUCCUCACUCCUUCACAAUUCUCUGUCUCUUCCCCUGUAACCAAAUCUCUCUUUUUCUCGACAAAAUCACACCUCCAAUCACACUCUUCAAAAGAGAAAAAUCAGAGCAAGUUCCCAGUAAGCCUCUCUGCAUUCUAAUUUCUAAAGGCUUUGUCUUUUUUGUCAAAAUUCGAUUUUGACGCAUCUCCAGGUUUUGAGAAAUUCUCCAAACCGACGAAGAAGUUGAAGAAAGAAAAUCCCAUCAAGGCUCAGGUGGUUGAUAGCUGUUCUACCCAUUGGCUACGCAAUUUCCGAUUCUGUACAUCUCUUCUUCCCAUCUCUCUGUUUUGCAUUUUAUUUUCCUGGGAAACUGACGGAAAUGGCAGAAAAUCCAAAGCUGGCUCAUGGAUUAGAAGAAAAGCUUCAGAAAAUCUCAGUUUCGGAUCAUUUAAAUGGUUUCCAUUACGCAGCAGAUAAAUCCGAUAGCUUUGUAAUUGACAUGGAAACUUUCUCUAAUGGGAACGAUAAAGAUACCACUACGACUAAUUCAAGAACUAUGGCUAAGUUGCAGAGAAGUCAGUCUAGAAAAGGUUCUCAGCGUGGUUCAAUUACAAAUACUAAUGAAAGAGAUUCUGGGCCAUCACCAAGAGGGUCAUGCACGCCUGAAAAGGCCUCAGGGGUGACAUUAGGGACCAUAGACAGUUCGAGUAACCCACAGCAAGUCCAUCAUCAGAUCACCAUCACAGCCGGCAACAUUAGCACCGUCACUGAUGGUAGAUCCGUUCUCAGAAGAAAUAGCUUCAAGCGCUCUUCUUCCUGGGCCCUUGAUCCCAAGAAAAUUCUCUUCAUUUUUGCCACCUUAUCAAGUGUGGGAACAAUCUUGCUGAUAUACCUAACCCUUUCAAUGAGCAAGUACAAUUCAGAUGACAACGGUCUUGAUUUGCAGCAGUAGUGAUGCAUAUAGUUAUGUUAGCCUUUGGACCGGGAUUGAGAUUGGGAUUGGGAUUGAGAUUUCCAAGGCACAAAAGGGCAAAUAGGGAAGGAUCCAAAAUUGUUUGAUAAUGUACAAAAAAAAAAGGGAGAUACCUUUCUUAAACCAAUUGGCCAAUUCUAUGCAGAGCUUUCUUAGAGAAAACAGACAAAGGAGAAAAGAGGCAUAAAAGAGGAAGUGAGCUUGAUUUGGAUCGGAGACCACUUCCUUUUUUUUUUUAAUUUUCGGCCAAGCCUUUUAACCAAAAUACUCCAUAGAAAUGAAAGACAAAGACAUAAUACACUGUGACAAGGAAAGGGAAUCUUUUUUUUUUUUUUGUUUAUGUUAGAUGGAUGAGAUUGUAACACAUGAUGUGCUCUUCUUUUUUUUUGUAAAGAUUUGGUGGCUCUAGACAGCCUUAAUGGAAGAUCGGUGGAAGAUCAGAGAGUUGAAUAGCACUUUCUUUCUUUCUUUUUUUGA